AGAUGUAUAUAAAGCAUGUGCAAGUCCUUCAAUCUUCAGAACCUAUCCUUCGAUAGCUGCCGUGUAGUGAUCAAAAUGAAGAACUAUUUGGCUUCUCUGGUACUCGCCGUGUGUUUACUCACCGGCCCAGUUGCUAGUCAGUCGGCAACGGUAUCGAUCAAUAUUGGAGGAAGUGUUAUCACUUUAGCGUCGUCGGACUUGUCGACGAUAUUGGCUAUUGUAGCAGCGUUGCAAACAACAACCACAACAACUGCAGCAACGACAACUGCUGCCGCUACUACAACCGUUGCCACCACUGCUGCUACUACAGCAGCUACGACCACUACGACGGCAGCCUCUACCGCUGCCACGACCACUACGACAGCUGCCACUACCGCUGCUACGACCACUACGACAGCUGCCACUACCGCUGCCACCACUGCUGCUACUACAGCAGCUACGACCACUACGACAGCUGCAACUACUGCUGCCACCACUGCUGCCACUACAGCAGCUACUACCACUACGACGGCUGCAACUACUGCAGCAACCACCGCGGCUACUACUGCUGCUACGACCACUACGACAGCUGCAACUACUGCUGCCACCACUGCUGCCACUACAGCAGCUACCACCACUACGACAGCUGCAACUACCGCUGCCACCACAGCUGCAACUACUGCUGCCACCACUGCUGCCACUACAGCAGCUACGACCACUACGACAGCUGCCACAACCGCUGCUACGACGACCACUACUGCUGCCACAACCGCUGCAAGUACUACGACCACUACUGCUGCACCAACUACCACGACUACUACUGCAGCUACGACCACCACAGCGGCCCCUAGUGUGACUAUAACUCUUACUCUCAACGGGAAUACUAUCACCAUUGUCGCUUCUGAUUCGAGUUUGGUGAAUUUGUUGACACAAAUUUUGACAAGUUUGACAGCAACGACUACUACGAUUGCCCCGACUACCACAACAACUACUGCUGCCCCGACUACCACAACCACGACUGCUGCCCCGACUACUACGACGACUACUGCUGCCCCAACUACUACAACUACUACCGCUGCCCCGACUACUACCACGACCACCACAGUUGCCCCGACAACUACGACCACUACUGUUGCACCAACUACCACGACCACUACUGUUGCACCUACCACUACCACGAUUGCUACCAGCACGACAACACGAAAAUGUGGGGUUGGCAUCGGAAUCGGAGGUGGAAUUAACAUUGGAGGACUGGGUGGAAUCGGAGGAAGCAUUGGUAUUGGUGCCGGUCUAGGAGGUAUCGGUGCUGGAAUAAACGUGGGAGCAGGUUUGGGAGGACUCGGUGCUGGAUUGGGUGCUGGAAUCAAUCUUGGUGGAGCUGGAACCGGACUCAAUGUAGGUACUGGAAUUCGUCCGAUCGGAUCCCUGCUCGGAACGGCGAUCAAUACGGCUGGAAAUGUGGCCGGCACUGCAAUUAACACGGCUGGCACUGGCAUUCGUCCGAUUGGAUCGCUGCUCGGAACGGCGAUCAAUACGGCUGGAAAUGUGGCCGGAACUGCAAUUAACACGGCUGGCGGUGUGAUCAAUACGGCUGGCAAUUUGGCUGGCACUGCUGUCAAUACGGCUGGAAACCUGGCCGGAACUGCGAUCAAUACGGCCGGUGGCGCAGUGCGGGGAGUCGUUGGAACUGCUACCAAUGUGCUCGGUGCUGCCUCAAACGUGAUUGGCAAUGUUGCCGGAGGACUCUUUGGUGGAUUGGCCAGCGGCAUUCAGGCUGCAUCCAAUGUUGGCUCCCAGUUGAGCGCCGGAGGAAGUCUAGCCGGUAGUGGCGGACUCUUUGGAAGCAGACUGACUGCAGGCGCCGGUUUUGGAUUCGCUGGAUAAAAAGCGGAAAUCGGCCCAAAAUCAAACCCGUGUUUUCUGACUGAGCUGUUUUCUUUUUCUAUCUUUUAAACUUUCAAUAAAAAUUGAUCUAUUUUGAGACCAA